GUUAUAUAACUUUCAACUUGGCAGAAUGGCCAUAUCGUGUCUAUCUACAGAGGCGAAGGAGGUAACAUUUUGCUGAUCAGAAAGCAUUUUGAUGACUAGGCCUCACGAUGCACCUCCUAAGUCGUGGAGAGACCAAAGCCGAGGUCAUAACCGGUUCCACCCUUCACGAGAUCAGCGCUACAAUACGAAGCGGCCUCCUUAGAAUUCCAUGGGAAUUAUCUGUGGUGAUAUAAUCUGAAUUUAAAUUAUCCUAUCUAGAGGUAAUCAUGUCGACCAAGGUAUUGGAUCAGAUCUUGGAUAAAUAUACCGAUCCAGCCAAAUGUGUAUUCAAUGGAGCUACCUUCAUUGCUGUGGACAACAAAGGCAAUACACUCUACAAACGGGCCGCGGGAAAACUGCGCUUCGACCCCAAUGAAAAUGCCCCGUUGCAGCCAGACUCAUUAUGUUGGGUCGCAUCGAUGACAAAAGUCGUCACGGCGGUUGCAGUGAUGCAGUUGGUGGAACGAAAACUGCUCGAUCUCGAUCAGGACGUUCGGGAUAUUGUCCCAGAGUUAAGAGACCUUGAGGUGCUGGUUGGAUUUGAGGAGCCCGCCGAGUCUCAAGCGGCGACGCGGGUGGCAGAGCCAGAGACGCCUACGCCUCUAGCGAAGCCGGUCAUGGAGAAGAUCAAGGGUAAACUAACGAUAAGGCAUCUAGUCUGUCAUAUGUCUGGGUUUGUGUAUGAUCGACAUCCUCAGCUGCUCAGAUGGUCAGAAGCAGUUGGGAGGCAGAAUCACAUGUGGGAAGGCAGCAUGCGAGGAUAUACUCAUCCGUUACUUUUCCAGCCUGGAACUUCCUGGGGAUACGGUCCUGGGAUUGAUUGGGCGGGCCAAGCGAUCGAGAAGGUGACCGGACUGAGUCUCGAAGACUACAUGCAAGCCAACAUCUGGUCGAAACUCGGUGCCAAGCACACCACAUUCCACCCCGAGCUACGCCCUGCUGGCGACCUCCCACCGCAGCAGGAGAUGGGCCUUCGACCUGGCGGGCCGAAAGGAACCGCUCCUCUCGGGCCCGGUCCAAUUAUCAUGGACUACCCCCUGAAAGACGACCUCGGCGGAAUCGGACUGUUUUCGACCGCGGCCGAUUUCGUGAGGCUCUUGACCGCACUCGUCAACGGUGGAUCGCCGCUCCUCGGUGAGGAAGCGACACAAGAGCUAUUUCGACCACAGCUGGAUAAAGCAACGCGAAAGGACAUGUUGAUGCCUCUGGGCGCGCGGACAAGGAGGGUGCUCGGGGUGGAGGAUUUUCAGGAGGAAAAAGCGGAUUAUUGUCUUGCGGGGACCACCACAAUGGAGGAUUUGCCUGGCAGACGAAAAAAGGGGUCCGCGAGUUGGGCUGGGUUCCCGAAUCUGCAUUGGUGGGUUGAUCCCAUAAGUGGGAUCGCUGGGACCCUUUUCACGCAGAUUAUGCCACCAGGGGAUGAGGUAACGGUUGACUUCUUCUUAGAGAUGGAGACAGCAUUGUACGCGAUGGUAAAUGAAAGGAACAAAAAAAAAGACGGUUCUCGGUUAUAAUAGACUUAUUACGGUGGCAUUUCUCCUAUUACCAGAACAUAUGGCUGUGUACCCGUUCGCAAGGCUGCACUAUUGUAUAAACGAUGUCACGUCCUAGAUUCGAUGCUCUUGACACUGUCUCCUGGUCUCGGUAGAAGAAAGAAGUUAUCGCUAUUAACGUUAUGUCCGAGGGCGUCAAAUUUGGUCACCCAAGACAGAUAGUAAAUACUACACUCAAAUGGC